AUUUUUCUACCGCUAAAACUCUCCUGAUACACGUAAUAACACAUUCUCAAAACACUUUCACAUGCCUUGAAAGAGACGCUCGCCUGCUUGCUUCGAAGAAAAGUUGAUAUCCAAAGCUUUCAAAGCUGCAAAAGGCGAAGCAUCGAAGCAAAGCAAACUGCCCCAAAAUUCCCUAAAAAAGACUCUCGCCACCUAUAACUAAUAAUCUGAUGUACAUGAGAUAUUUGAUAUAUUGUUUGGGAGGGUGUCCUGUAAUAUUGGAGAUUUAAUUCAGAGGAGGGAGUCCAAGCUCAACAGUUCAAGACUCCGACUUUCUCUAUUUCUCUCCCACACGGCACUAGCUGUUGCCUAGAACUAGAAGAUAUGGGCACUUUGAGUACCAGUCCUCUGCUUCCAAAAGAGCUAAGGCCUUCUUCACUCUUCAGAGAACACCGAAGCUCUGUUCUUGUGUACCCAACAAGAAGAAGAAAAUCCAAGAAAAGCCAAUCCUUGAACCCUGUUGCCAGGUUAUUUGGACCUGCUAUUUUUGAAGCAUCCAAGUUGCAGGUUGUUUUCUUAGGAGUUGAUGAGGAGAAGCAUCCAGGACAGCUACCUAGAGCCUAUACAUUUACACAUAGUGACGUAACCUCGAAGCUCACUCUGGCUAUCUCUCAAACCAUAAAUAACUCUCAGAUACAGGGGUGGUACAACAAAUUACAGAGAGAUGAAGUGGUUGCAGAAUGGAAGAAAGUGAAAGGAAAGAUGUCUCUUCAUGUUCACUGUCACAUAAGUGGUGGUCAUUUCCUAUUAGACUUGUGUGCUAGGCUCAGAUACUGGAUCUUCUGCAAAGAACUCCCUGUGGUGUUGAAGGCUUUCGUCUAUGCUGACGGAGGGUUGCUGAAUAACUAUCCAGAAUUACAGGAAGCUUUGGUUUGGGUAUAUUUUCACUCAAACAUUCCAGAAUUCAACAAGGCAGAAUGCUGGGGUCCACUUCAGGCUGCUGCUGCUCCUUCUAGCGGGAUCCAGAUGGAGAACAAGGAAAUCCCGGCAAGCAAUUGCUGGGAUAUGCCAAAACCAUGCCAAGAGGCCUGCUCGUGCUGCUUUCCACCCAUGAGCCUGAUUCCUUGGUCACAAUCUUUCUCCUCUGGCUCUAAGGAGAACGAUGGAACGAAGCCACAAGGCAAGAGCUUGCAGCAGCAGCAGCAAAGCUGAGAUACCCUAUUUUUAUGGGUUUAAUCUCCAAGUGACUACUCCACGGAUGAUUGAUUACGCAGGUGAUUUGUUGAAAAUGUAAAUACUACACAGAAGCAGACGCCCGUGCCCUGCUAGUAGUGCAGCUAGAUACUAGAACAUAGCUUACCAAUUUUUUCUUUAUUUUGGGGAAUGUGAUACUUGAAAACUUUGGUACAUAGUUCCAAUAUUUGUUCCAAUAUUUGUUAUGAAUAAAAGUAGUUCCAAUAAUUGUUAUGAAUAAAAGGGGAUGUUGUUAUUUUUCAAGUAAAAA